CUCACCGAUAAUGAUGAAAGGAGUGACACUUUUAGUUUUAGAUACGGGCGGAAAAUAAACUGCAAGUCACUGUCGAAAAAAAUGAAAUGCAGCCUACGUAUUGCGCUAAAAAUGUUCUAAACACGUAGUGAAAUUGUGACUCAUUGUCAACAUCAUGUCGCUGCUCCGCCGGUUCGCCGACGGCACUUCAGAUUUUGGCACUUCCGUCCCAUCAGCAUCUGCCACAACUAAAGCUUCCUCCUUAUUGGAUAGAGGAGUGGAAGCGUGGGCCGCCGCUUUUGCUCACGGACAUGACGGACGAGUUGACGCGCAAGGUCAAGGUGCGAAAGCUGCCCUAAGUUUGCUGCACCUGGACGGCCACGCGGGGCUGAGCGAAGAGGGCGCGACCCGGGUGCUCCUUGGCACGGCGCUGACCUGUUCCGUACUCGCCGCCGUCGUGACGCAACGGCAGCUGGUGAAAAGUACCGUUUCGUCCUGUCUUUUCGGAAAGAGUCCCGUUCCUGGGGAGGGAGGUGAAGAAGAGGAAAAUGACCAACUCAAGAAAUCGACCGCACCGACGGGGACAGUCUUAAUGAAUCAAACGACUGUGACAUCACCUCCUGUCGAUGUUGUUGACACCAGUACUAGCAAAAGCGCGCGCGAGAAAGAGACCACCGCGGUGUGCGCGUUGAAGUGGCGCUACGUGGUCGCGUUUUGGCUGGCGACCGGGGCCGACUGGCUACAGGGCCCGUACGUGUAUGCGCUGUAUGACGCGUAUGGGCUGACGCACUACCAGAACUCCGUCCUGUUCAUUUUCGGAUUUGGCAGCUCCAUGCUGUUUGGCGCACUGUUCGGCGGGUGGGCGGACCAGAGUGGGAGACGAAUAUCCAGGAAAAAAAGUGUGUAAGUGUAACUUUCUUUGAGAAACAGAAUCACAAAUUUGCUCUACAUGACAGAGAAAACCUGUCAUGCGUGGCUUGAAAGGGAAAACACAGUUAAAAAGAGGACUUCGUGGCUGUCUGGCAUGACAGGUGUAACUUUGUUGCAUGUUCUACAACACAAAUUUACACUUAGCUUACACAGUUUUUUUCUUGCAUAACGAAAAUUCGCCCUGUACUACUGCCUCCUCUACGGCCUCUAUCAAAUGCAAAAGUGUCUGGGUCUGGAAGAUUGCAACUUGUCAUGCUAAAUCUGCAGCAUGCAAAAAUCUGUGUUGCAUGAUUACCAAAAGUCGGCCAGUUUUGACCAAGUCGGGAGAGAGUUUCUCAUGCAGGAUGGGCAUUAGAAAGGUCUCGCAGAAUCUGUCAUGCUAGGUCCUGCAUUCAAGACCUCAGGGGUCAUGGAAAAGCAGCAUGACAAAUCGCGCACUCUUCCAGACCCAGACAUUCUUGCAUUUGAUAGCCUCGGCUGCGCGACCAAGCACUUCGCGAACUUCUACGUGCUGGCGCUGGGGCGGGUGCUCGCCGGCAUCGCGACCAGUCUGUUGUACUCCGUAUUUGAGUGCUGGCUCGUGUGCGAGGUCUAUUCGGAAAAAGCGAUCCGCAACAAGGACGACGCGCUCGCGGACGUCUUCAGCCUCGCGAUCUUCGGCAACUCUAUCGUCGCGAUUCUGAUGGGCUUCUUGGCGGAGUCCGCCGCCAAUUUGUUCCCUCUCGUGAAACUCGCGGACUUUCCGUCCGUGGAUUUGUACGCGGGCCACUACUGCAUGCCGUUCGACCUGUCGGCGUUUUUUCUGCUGGUCACGGCGGCUUUCUUGUCGCUGUGUUGGACGGAAAACUACGGGUCUGGAAAGGAGCAACGGGUUCUGUCCGAGGAGGAAAAAACACUUCCGAACGAGAAAACCGCAUUGCUGGCCAAGGCGCAGCGCCAGAGCGGAGAGAACAAGGACCACAGUAGUGACUAUACCGUUUCGUCCGGCGAUUCGGACGCGCCCACGAAAGCCGACACGUCCGACACCGGCAGUAACAGCAGCGGGGCAGGAGCUCGUCCUGCAAGUAUCAAUAACACAGCGAUUGAAUUCCGCGAGCAAGAGGAGGCGGACCACGAAAAGCAAAUAGCGCAUCCAGGCGGACCCUCCUCCUCCUCCGCCGCGGAUCAUGGCAGUGCUGGGGCGCUGCUGGAGGCGUUCGAGGUCUUGUGUACGAACCGGAAAGUGCAGUGCACGAUGCUGCUGUGCAGUUUCUUCGAGUCCAGCAUGUUCAUCUUCGUGUUUCUGUGGACGCCGGCGGUGAUGGCCUUGCACCCGAACGAGAAGACGCACCCCUUCGGCCUGAUUUUCGCCCUGUUCAUGACGGGCUGCAUGCUGGGCUCCUGCGUGUUCCAGAUUCUGCGCAACGACUGCAAGUUUUCGGUCUUGCAAAUCGCAGGCGGACUCUUCGCGGGGUCCGCAGUCAUGCACUUCCUCGCGGCCGGUCUGGUCACGGAGUUUGUGCACCUGACGGCGAGCUUUGUGGUCUUCGAAAUCUGCGUCGGGGCGUACUGGCCGAUGAUGAGCAUUCUGAAGGGUCGCGUGGUCCCCGAGCCCCACCGGGUAUGCAUUGGAAAUAUGUUUCUGGGUCCCGUCUUCUGGAAAAUCUGUGAUGCGAGAUCUGUGAUGUCAUACAAGAUUCAGCAGGGCAAGUCGCGUGAUUUUAUCCAGACUCAGGCAUAUUUGCAUUUGAUACCGCGCGGCGCUGUACAACUUCUUCCGCGUGCCGCUGAACUUCAUCGUUUGCGGGAUUUUGCUGCUCGACGUCUCCGUGACUACCGGCUUCUUGUUCACCAGCGGACUCCUGGUCUCCAAUCUGUUCCUUCUUUUACGCAAAGUGAAAAAAUGUGUGUAAUGUGCUAGAUGUAGUUUGGGUAUAGGGUGAGGAAAGUCGAAGGAUAAGUACCCAUCGUAGUAGUUCUGCUGGGCUAUUAUGCUGAGACUGUCUACAACUCUCUCAUAUGGUACUUCGAUGCUUCGCAAAAGCUGCGGAUCAGCACACUAGAGACACUUUUUUUCUUGCAUACCAGUACGCGCUCAAGCAGGAAAUGGACCGCGACAACGAAAAAAUCGGAGAGAGGCCAGCUGCGUAAUGCUCAAAGGAGGCUUUUCAACCGCUUUUACUUUUAGGUUUCCGCUGGUUUUUGUGAACAGUAAAGAGAGUCUAAGAUCAAGAGCAAGACUUGUUCUGCAGGAUGAUGGUGAAAGCGGUAUCACGGCUGCUAGCAUGCUACAGGAACCUUUUUUUCGUCACUGCUUGGUUAUAUGAAUUAUGCGCGCGUAAUGUUACGUAAGAAGGACUUUCCCGGGUCUGUCACAGAGCAAUUAUCUUUAUCCCUAGUGCAGAGAGCACAAGAAAAAUACCAAUUAUCGAGGACCUAUGUCUUUUGAAACGGUCUGGCUUCGCAAAUUUUAAAAAUUCGGAGCUAGGUAAAGAACAUUUUAGGAUCAAACUCACUUCUUCGAAAAAAAUGGCGAGGGUCGUGAUUUUGAAACAAGCAUGAU